AAUGAAUACUGAGGGAGAACCAGCACGUCUAAACGACACCGUCUCAUUCGAAUCGAUUUGAGCCGAAGCAAAGCCGACCGGAGGAGGAAGAAGAGGGUUUUAGCAGCAAGAGAGAUAGGGAGAAGAGCCUACUCUCAGAUUUUAGGGCAAAAUUUGGUGUAGAAUUAGGCAAUGAAUCCGCUAACCCUAGUGAAACGAAUUCAGAACAUUAAUGCGAAAGAGGCCAGUUUAGGGAUUUCUGAAGAUGCCUCCUGGCACGCCAAGUACAAAGAUUCCGCCUAUGUCUACGUCGGAGGCAUUCCUUUCGAUCUUACCGAAGGUGAUCUUCUCGCUGUUUUUGCUCAGUAUGGCGAAAUUUUGGACGUGAAUCUCGUUAGAGACAAGGGUACUGGGAAAUCAAAAGGGUUUGCUUUCGUUGCGUAUGAGGACCAAAGAAGUACAAAUCUUGCUGUAGAUAAUUUAAAUGGAGCACAGGUUUUAGGCCGAACUAUUAGGGUUGAUCAUGUUACUAAGUACAAAAAGAAAGAAGAAGAAGAUGAAGAGACUGAGCAGAAGAAGAGGGAGGCACGAGGCGUUUGCCGGGCUUUCCAAAAGGGAGAAUGUACACGAGGAGCGGGAUGCAAAUUUUCUCAUGAUGAGAAGAGAGCUGCAAACACAGGUUGGGGUGAUAAUGACAAAGAGUCAAGGUGGGGCCAUGACGGGUUUGAUGGUCCAAAAAAGGAUGAGAGAAGAUCUGGCAACGAUCCGUUUAGUCGUGGUUCAGAGCGUACAGUUCAAGAAGGCAAUAAAAGUUCAGGCUUUAGAGAACAGGCCAAGGAAACCAUAGAAAGAGAUUCUAAACAAAGCAACAGGAGAGAGAAGAGAUUGGGAAGUUAUGGUGAUGAUCAUGAUCUAAGAACAAAAGAUCGUGAUAGCAGAGAAAGAGCAUCUAGAAGGCAUAAUGGUAAUGAUUAUGAACCAAAAUCAAGUGAAUAUAAUGAUAAGCGAGAGGAGAAGAGAUCAGGAAAGCAUGAUGACGAAGAAGUUUUGCCCAGGUCAAGAGGUCUUGAUAGGAAGGAGGAGAGAAGACCAAGAGGGUAUGAUGAUGAUGUGCCAAAGACAAGAGACAAUUUCGAUAGAAGAGAAGAAAAGAGAUCAAGAAGGGACAUUGAUUACGAAUUUGAGCCAAGAUCAAGAGAGGAGCAGGAUAUUGGGGAGGAAAGGAGAAUGAGAAGGCACAAUGCUGAUGAUUUUCAACCAAAGUUGAGAGGUUAUCAGGAUAAGAGGGAAGGAGAAAGAUCCAGAAGGCAUGAUUAUGGUGACAUUGAACCAAUGAGAGACAGACGGGAUGAAAAGAGAUUGAGUAGGCAUAACGAGGAUCCUUUGGAGCCGAGGUUACGCAAAGAAAACGAAAGAGAUGACAACAGAAGAUCAAAAAUGAAUAGAACAUAAAAUUACAAUCCUUCUUAAAAGGAUAUAACUGAGAUAAAAUGACAUUACCCAAUCAUGGUAAGAUUGUUUCUGUCACUGCAAUCCUCAGGCAACUGAUAAACUGCAAUCCUUCUUAAAUGCUUGCAUUGGUCUAUGGCUAAUGGCAAACUUUUGGUUAUUGUGAAAACAAUCAUUAAAUUUUUGUGGUUGAAUAUUGCACUGUUCGAACUGGUGUCGAGACUCAGACUUGUAGGGUGCUUGACAACUAAAUCAAAAUUAUGGCAUGCUUACUUUUAGAGUGAGUGGUUUUCUUUA